UGGUGGCGGAUCCUUUCGUUGCGAUUCGCAAAGGCAGGUUUACGUUUGGAGGAGGUUGGCGACGAGUUGCGGAAAUAGAAGGCAACGCAGCCACGAGUGACUGCCGCCCGGCUCACGCAUUAAAUUGCCACAGUCCGUCGGUACCUGCUGGCAGAAGAGGAGAUCUCGUCCCUUGCUGCGCUGCGUCAUCGUUUGCUGCAUUUGUUCGAUAAGAGGCUACCAAGAUGGCCUUUGUGAAGUCGGUUGUGGCAGUCAUAGGGCUGGCGAUUGUGUGCAGGGGCGCACCAGUCGCGGAAGAAAAUUGCAACUUUCUUGACGAACACCUGGAGCGCGCCAUCGACUCCUUUAUUGAAAAGCUUCCGGCAGGGCGUUCCAAGACAUUGGAAAAUGACUUCCCGCCUGUAAUAUCCAAAAACAUUGAAUUCAAAUUCUUGGGCCUCAACUCCUUUCGACCCUUCGGUCCAUUCUUGACCUUCUGCAGGAACGGUAGCAGAUUUGUGCAAUUUGAUCUUGUCAACAAGAGGCCCCUGAUUCUCGUGGGAACGCAGACUAACGACACUAAUACCCAUGAAAUUUUGAGUCGCGCCCUGCUGGUACGAUUCACUGGACAAUUCGAAGUGGAAGGUGCUGGGGAGGACCUGAAGAUCUAUUUCAAAGAAAAUGUGCCCGUAUCCAUGGUCGGACUGAACAUGAUACUGAGGGCUGCAGACAAAGAAAAAAAAGAGGACGCUCGAAUCGUUUUCAGCACACCGAAUCUGCACUUCCUUCUCUCCCUCUGGAACGGCAUGCUUUACAGUGUACUGGAUACGCUUUUCACAGAAAUAUUAGGCAGAAAAUAAAGACCUUCUGGUCAGAAUUCAUCA